GGGCUAUUAUUUAAAGUGUUAUCCGAAUGAUGCACGCAGAACAUUUGCCUUCGUUCGUCACUUUCGCUUUCAGCCACCAGAGGGCGAUGUUCUGGGUCCGUUGGCUUUUGGAUACAGUACCUCAUCACCAGUUCGCCUGCAUGCUCUUUUACGCCUCAGAUGCGUGAGAUUUUUUGCUAACGAACUAACUUUUUUAUUAUUUCAGCGGCGCUGAUGGCAGCGGGAGAGGUCGCUCUCCGUGUCUCGCUUUGGAGACCGGAAUUGGCUUUUGCAGCCUGAAAUGAGCAGCGCAUGUCGUUUUAACGCGCACGGUUGAUUUCGCGUCCGCCUGACGGACCGGUUGGAUGUUGUGUUCCGUGGACUCGCAGCCUUAAAGUUUCCGUGCUGCCCGCUCGUCUGGACAUGCAGACAAUACAGCGAAGACGGCCUCGAUCUUAGAAAGCCGAAAGGACAGAUCAAAUGUCUUUUGUGGUACUUUCAGGCCCACUGCUUAGUAUAUCCAGUGUAGACCGAUGGCCUCGAGAAAUGCGUGCACCAAUCUCUGCGUUUUGGGACGCGGCUGGGAUCGCAAACCUGAUGCCCGAACCUGCUCGGGAUGGAUGAGACCGGGUAUGGGCUGCAGCGCGACCUCCUCCAGCUGUCGAAAACCCCUGGGCCUGAAUGGAGUGUGGAGCAAGUGUCUGGUAUCGGUGGGGAUUACUCUGCUCAUCCUAAAGCCCGUAUUCGCUAUACAGGAUGAGGGCAGCCCUGAGGCAGCAGAUGGGCAGGCUGCAGUGUCUGCCUCCCCUGGAGCUUCCCACGUAUCAUCUCCCCUCUCGCUCCCGGACGAGGAGGGUGAGGCUCUCCUGCAGUCCUACUCCGUACCAGCAGGGGCAGCGGCGAGCAGCAGAGAGCAGGCUGUGUACUCCUCAGUGCUGACCCUGAGGGCUGGCUCAGGCACACUGCCUCGGGAUCUGGUGCAGUCUCUGCCCUCCCCACCCGGCAACAGUGACGAUCGGACCAAUCACAAGACCCCGGAGAAGCCACCUGCUGGAGGGUCACAGACACCGACCCAUUUGGCACAAAUCAAGAGCGCAUCAAGCACCAGCCCAGAAGAUGCUCUUGGUGACGUGAUGACCCCAGACCUCCCAACAGCUCCAGGUUCCUUCCUCAGAAUACUGGAGGAGACAGAACCUGCUCACACAGAUCACAUGACUAGGUCAGACCCCGCCUCCACUCUGGGCUCGAACAGCAGCAUGGCUGAGAAUGCCUCAUCCACAUCUCCGGCGCGCACAAACCCUGACACUGUGACCGGCGACAGCCUCCAGCUUACCACAGUGACCACCACCACGGUCACACCCUUAACUGUGACUGCCACGACUGUGACUCCGCCCACUACUGGUCCUGCGAGCACAGCGGCUGUCACAACGACAGCACCGCCCACGACGUCCGCCGAAACAACAACGCUCGCAACAGAACCUCCAACGACAACGGUGACCACGACUACCACCACGACGACUACGACGACGGCUGCACCAACAACGACAACGUUAGCAACUACAACAACCACUGCGACCCCUCAGAGUUCCACGGUAGCUACCUCUGGAAGCAGCCCCACUAGGCCAAACCCCCCUACUGAGAGCACUCCCACAACCUGCAACGUCACAGAGAAGUUCUGGGUCCGAACCGUUGUAGCCAUCCAAAUGAAGAGGAAUCGCCUAGAAGAUGGGUUGAAACAGAGCUUGGCUAGAGGCCUGUCACUCGCAGUACAGAGAGCCUUUAAUGACUCCAGCGUCCGAGUCGAGCUAGAGCGUGACGCCAGCACCCCGUCCAACGUGACCCUGGGAUACUACGUCAUGAACGACAAGACGGUGUUCAUGGCAGCAGUAGUGGUGGAGUCUCUGACAGCGUAUGGCCUCGACAAGCUGCUGAAGGACAUCAGGCACCACACUCCUGCGGCGCUGGCCGUGCCUGUUCCCGUGGCAACCUGGCUGCCCCCGCCCGGUAUCCACCUGCAGCUGAAAACAGUUCUCAGGUUUGUGAGUCCCACAGACGACAUCAAGUCGUGUAGUUUUGUACAAACGAUGGAACAACGUUUGGAGAACGUGUUCUCGGAAGCUCAGGAAAAAGUCGAUGACACUUAUGGAAUACUUACUGUCGAGAUCCUGAACACCUAUCAAACAGGGAAUUCCCUGGCGGUGUCGCUGGUGUACGUGGUGUGGAAUGGCAGCUCGGCGCUGAACGGCACUGUGGCCACCGGCCUGGUGAACCAGCUCACCGCGGAGCUGGUGGGGUACUUCCUUUUCUUCCCUCCCAUGCUCAUAGCUGAACCUUUGGAGUACCACAACCUGAAUACUUCCGUGGCAACCAGGGAGUUCUGGGUAAUCACAGUAAUUCAGGACGUUGACAGUUCCUCUCUGGAAGGCAGCUACCAGAGCUUUGCUAGCCUGAUGGAACAGCGACUAGCUGAGCUCUUUUUGGUUGCCGGGCGACGAGGUCUCCGCUUCAGACGAGCCACCACCAUUGGUGGAUAUACAGUACAGAUGGUCAGUAUUCGGAGGCUUCCUGGCCCUAAGAACCCCGCAGAGAUGACCUACUACGUGCAGGUGGACGGGGCCCCCAUCCCUGGCACGUCUGCGGCCAAGACCUUGAACAUGGUGGACUCGCAGACCAUGGCACUAACCCUGGGCUACUUCGUCCAGGUCCAAGCAGAGCCUGUAGUGAAGAGUGUACCCAGUAACCUCUGGAUCCUGGCGGUCCUGACGCCAGUGUCGCUAGCCAUGGUUGCAGUUGUCAUGGUGAUUGCUAUCGUAUGCAGAAGGAACCGCACCGUGUUCAAGACCAGUGCGUUCCGUGGAUUCCAUCCUCGCACCAAGACCUCGUAUCGGAGAGACGGAAGCUACCACCAUCAGCCGGUGCAGGGUUUUGACUACGUGAAACAGCACAUGGGUCAGCCUGGUGAAGAGGCUCUUACUGUCACAAAAGAGACCCUGGUCCUGUCGCUUCCUGUGCGGGAUGCCCCUCUUCCGCAGGACAAGGGUGUCCUACAGGACGGCACGGCCUCCAAGAGAUCCCAGCCAACGGAGGUGCACAGGAGGUUUGACCUGGUCACUGUGCAGGGUGAUUUGAUUUGGUGGUCAUGCAGGAGGCCAGACACCAGACGCCAGCCUUGUGAAUCAGAGCGUGUCACGUGCAAGCUGCCGAGUGACAACGGCUCAGUUUCAAGCAGCGGCUCGGGGAAGCUGAACACGGGCAGGAGCAGCACAGCACACCGAGGCAUGAGCCAGAAAAACAGCAAGGACGAGACACACACAAGGACGGAGCAUUAUGACUCUCUGACCGGAUCUCUGAGGCUUCUCGCCAUCAAGCCCAUGGCCACGCCCCUCAACUACUCCUACCCUGACUCAUCCAAUCACAGCCAGGAAUCUGUCAUCGUCAAUGGAGAGGUGAACAUGGGUCUAAAGCAGAAGUCAGACAUCGAGCACUACCGGAACAAGCUGCGCUUGAAGGCUAAGAGGAAAGGCUACAACGACAGCCCCACCGGGGGCGGGAGAGGGCAUCGGCACGAUCAGCGAGAACGGCUGCGGCGAGGAAAUGCCUCCCUGGACCUGGAGGCCCUGGGGCCCGCGGAGGACAGGAAGCCUUCCACGUACAUCAAAUACCGCAGGAGCGAGAGCCAGAGGGAGCCACCGUACUGGAGCAGACAGUCCCUGAACACGCCCAGCCCCGUGGAGCCCGACCUGGACCUGCUGUUCAUGGGGAAGCGCUCGCGCAGGGGCAUACGCAACAGCGGCUAUGACCUUGCAGCUUUGAACGUGUUAGCUGAGGCUGAGCCAGAACCUUUUGAAGAAACGGAUGUGGACCACCUCAUGAGCUCCUUGGGUUUCGGUGGCAGCCACCAGGUAAAAGGCCACUCCGAUUCCUCCACCCUGAGUUCCCAACCGUCCAUCGAUGAGGUUCGGCAGCAGAUGCACCUCCUGCUGGACAACGCCUUCGGCCUGGCCUCGGCCGAGCCUCCUGCGGCUGGCCGCCUCCACCACAACCACCACCCGCACCCCCACAGCCCCUACAACCCCAGCCAGAGUAGCCCGUACUCAGAUGGAGUGACCAGUGCCCCUGGCACCAUGGACCACCCAGCCGGAGCUCUGCAGCGUGGGUCCUCCUUCGAGCCGGACGUACACCAGUGUAGCCUCCCAAAACCCGGCUUCAGAUUUACUCAGCUGCCUGAUAUGGGUUUGGGGUCCCCACCACCACUCAUACCCCCCAGAGCCGUAGCGCCCCCUGGAACCUCAAUAAGGCGCUCGACACCAGACAUGAGUCUGAAACCGCGUGUCUCUGAGGCCUCGGAGAUGAGUCAGCACAACGGCGCCCCCUACCUGCCAAUCAACCGCGCUCCUUUCCCCGCCGUGACUGUCGACCAGUCCAUGUCAAGCUACUCAGGAAACCCAAUGACAGCCGUUUAUGCCAUAUCUGCCAACCGGCCCGGUUACUCGGACUACUUUGUCCUGUCUCCGCCGUCCUCCUAUCGCAGUCCUUCGUGGAUGUCCUAUCCCCCAGAGCCGGACGACCUUCCCCGUCAGUGGAGUGACACGAAUCCGUGUCAUUUGGAGACCAUCUGCUGAGGGAAAUGAAUGGCUGGGUAUGAGUGGACACCGGACGUCACCUGGGGUUUGUACAGUAGCUGAAAAUGCCCUGCCCAUCACAACAGCCCCGCCCUAUCCUGGCUCUUCGACCUCUCAGGGCCAGCCGCUCUGUGCCGAGCAAGCCCAUUAGGCCUGGCCAGGCUCUACAGGCCCCGACCACAUGCAGCCAGGCCCAUCAGUCACAGGCUGAGCCAGCAGCCUCGCCGGCACUCUGUGCCCACCGUCGGCCAAUUUUUUUUUCCUGAGAGGCUGCUCCUCAGCCUUCAAAACUGACCUAAAACCACCACGAAAAGCUCAACUUUUUCUUGAAGCUUUUUUUGAGCUCCUCACAGAAAUGAGGCAGGUGGGGCUGUGUGUGUGUGUCUGUGUGUGUGUGUGUGUGUGUAUGUGUGUGUGCGCGCGCGCUCGUGCGCGGGUCUUAAACAUCAGCUUAGAACAUCAACAUCAGCAUACUGAAACUAGAAAAUGAACGCUUUUUUUUUUUGGUCUUGAGCUAUCCCAGUUUCUCUGAUGUCUGUGUGUUUUGCUUUCUACUGUUCCAUUUUUAAUAACAAGGACAAUAUUGCAGGUGAUUUUUUUUUGUGUACUCUGUGUGUGGCUUACGUGAAAAUGACCUUGAUGUAAAAGAGACUGAGAACUGAGCAGAAAUGAUAUGUUGUACUGUAUCUAAUGUAGUCAAGACUUUUUCUGCAGCUUAUAAUAUAGUGCAUUCCUUUUGCUUCUGCAAAAACUAACUUAAUUUUUGCUUCUUUUCAAAUUUCAAAUAGCGUAUGUUUGUUCAUGCAAAAACAUGAAUCGGACAUUUUCAUAGCUUGUGGAGUGUAACAUGGCCAGAUGGUGUUAUAAAAAUUACAGAUGACAAAAAUCCCAAACAUAUAAAAUUAACUAUUACUGUAGAAUAGUGCUGGUAUGGGAGUAUGCGCUACACAUUUGAGUGUUUUCUCUGACCCUGACCCUGUUCAGGCGGCUGACGCUGCUCGUGGAUUAUGUGAGGGCAUCUGUCUAACCUCCUUUUAUUAGCACAUCGAUAAAGCAUCACCAGAACUACAUAUUAUUUUAUUUUUUAAACAACUAUUUUAUUGCCUUAUUUUUGAUAGGUACUAAAAUUUAUAUAUCAGGUGGUAUAAAUCUAGUUAAUACAUCUGCUGACAUAAACAGCAUAAGCCAAAAAUUAAAGUAACAAAACAACAAAAAAAGAUAUUAAAA